AUGGGCGUCUUCGACAAUACCGACCCAACCGAUCUCUCAACAAGACCAAUCAACGAGCCUCGACCCAUCAAAGUGAUAGUCUUUGGCGCAGGCAUGUCCGGCAUUCUCGCGGGGAUUCUGUUUCCGCGAUCGAUUCGGAAUCUCGAGCUGGUGAUUUACGAGAAGAAUGCCGACCUUGGCGGGACGUGGUUUGAGAAUAUCUACCCCGGAAUCGCAUGCGACAUCCCCUCACACACCUACCAAUUCUCCUUCGAGAACAACACCCAAUGGAGCAGCUACUAUGCCAGCGGCGCCGAGAUCCAGGCCUACUUAAAACAGGUAGCCGCGAAAUACGAUGCCUACCGGUGCAUGAAGUUCCGACAUCGGGUUCUCAAGGCGGAGUGGCAGGAUGAUGAGGGGAAGUGGUGUGUUGAUGUGCUGAAUGAAGAUACUGGAGGGCAAUUCAUCGACACUGCAGACAUCGUCUGCUCCGCAACCGGCAUCUUGAACCACUGGCGCUGGCCCAACAUUCCCAACCUGCACAGUUUCCAAGGCAAGCUCGUCCACUCGGCCGCAUACAAUCCCACGUAUGACCUGUCUGGCAAACGCGUGGCCCUGAUCGGUGGGGGGUCGAGUGGGAUCCAGAUCCUGCCCCGGAUACAACCGCUCGCAAAAAGGGUUGACCACUACAUGAAGGGCCGCAAUUGGAUUCCGCCGGUGGGUUUUGGUGCGGAGGUAACGACGCCACCUGAAUACCUCGACAAAUUCAAGAAUGACCCGAAAGCAUACCUCGAGUUCCGACGCCGCAUCGAAGACGUGCUGAACAAGCCCAUGGAGGCGCUCUACCGGAACACCGACGCGGAAAAGAUGGCAUUUGAAGCCUGUCGAGAACACAUGCGCGCCAAACUGGCCAAGAAGCCGGAGAUUUUUGAAGCCCUCGUGCCGGAUUUUGCGGUUGGAUGCAGAAGGCUCACACCUGGGCCGGGGUAUCUGGAAGCACUAGUCGAGAAAAACGUCGCGUUCAUCCCGACUCGGAUCAGGGAAGUCGUCCACGAUGGCAUCGUGACUGAAGACGGAAAGAAGCGCGAGGUGGACAUGAUCAUCUGCGCUACAGGAUAUGACGACGUCCACAAGCAGCAUUUCCCCGUCAUCGGCAAGAACGGUAUCAAUCUCCAAGACCUCUGGGACGACUUUCCUCAGGCAUACCUGUCGUUAGCGCCAGCUCACAUGCCGAAUUACUUCUGCUUCCUGGGACCGAAUGGCGGGGCCGCGCAGGGCUCGAAUGUCCCGUUCCUGGAGAGCGCAGUUCGCUAUGUGAUCAAAGCUAUUGAGAAGAUUCAGCGGGAGUUUAUCAAGAGUAUGGUUCCGAAGCCGCACCUGGUAACCGCCUUCCGGCAGUACAUAGACCAAUAUUUCGCCCCGACAGUUUUUGGCGCGACGUGCAACGCAUGGUGGAAGCACAAACGCGCCCCCGACGGCCGUAUACUUGCCGUCUGGCCCGGCAGCCAGCUCCACGGCUCCAGCGUCAUGGCCAACCCCCGCUGGGAAGACUACGAGUACGAGCUGCGGGACGAGCUGAAAGGGAAUCCGCUUGCGUGGUUCGGCAAUGGUUUUGUCAAGGAGCAGCUGAUGGGGGCGCUUACGACGGGGUAUUUGGAUGAGGCUUUGCCGAACUAUCUGUCUGCUCUUGCAAGGAUUAGUGUUCCUGACCCACGCUAUGUAUCACCUUCAGUCACCAUGGAAUAG